GAGGGAGAAGGUUUACGGAGUAAUUUUCCAGGGGGAACUGAUGAUGCAAACAAUCUUAAGCCGUUUCUUUCUUAUCGUUAACAAGCAAGAACACUGACAAAUCUAACACCUUUUCGAAAAAUGAUGAUACGAUUAUCAUCCGGAAUCGGAGCGAGCCCUCGUUUCCAACUCUUCAAUCCCCACAAACCCAUUCCUCUCCCCGCCCAAACCGCACCACUGAUGAAGAAGACGAAGAACUUCUCCAAAACCGGCGACGGCGACGCUUUCGACGCCGCAGCUUACGAGUCAGAGCGUCUGAGCCUCGACGCUGCCGCGAUGGAAGUCAUGGCCGAGACAGCGAGGAAGGAGAUCGAGUCCGAUCAAGACAACGACGACGACGAGGAGGACCCGAAAGCGUGGAAAUGGAUCAUCCGAAAGAAGAUGUGGGAUCUGAUGGAAGCUCGGAACUACGCUAUGAACCCUCGACCCGUUCACCAUCGUAUCCCUAACUUUGUCGGCGCCCCCGCUGCUGCCGCCAAAUUAGCUGAGCUUGACGCCUUUCGUAUGGCUAAUGUCGUCAAGGUUAAUCCUGAUUCGCCGCAGAAGCAAAUCAGGUUUCUUACACUCUCUGGUGAGAAGAAGCUGUUGACUCCUCAACCUAGGCUAAGAACAGGGUUCUUCUCUGUACUAGAAUCUGAUUUCUUGAAGCCUGAGACGAUCAGAGAAGCUUGCACCUCUGUAGGAGUAGCCAAGUAUGGAAGAGCGAUUGGUUUAGAUGAGAAAAUCAAAGUGCAUCUCAUUGUCCUUGGCUCUGUUGCUGUUAACCCUCAAACCGGUGCUCGGUUAGGGAAGGGAGAGGGUUUUGCGGAGCUCGAGUAUGGAAUGUUGCGUUACAUGGGAGCUAUUGAUGAUUCCACGCCCGUUGUUACAACCAUACAUGACUGUCAGCUCGUGGACGAUAUACCACUUGAGAAACUGGCGAUUCACGACGUUCCUGUGGAUAUCAUAUGCACUCCUACUCGAGUCAUUUUCACUAAUACUCCUAUCCCCAAACCACAAGGAAUCUAUUGGGACAAACUGUCGCCAGAGAAGCUGCAACAGAUUAGGAUACUGAGAGAGCUAAAGAGGCGGUUGGAGAAGGAGACUGGUUGUAAACUUCCAACCGGACCAUCAGAGAAGUUACCUCCCACGGCUGACCGCAAACGCCGAUAACUAACGUCUGGUUUCCACCGGUUAUUUUUGGUAACUGUUGUGUUGUGUUGAUAUUCCAGUGAAUUAAUUGAGUACUGUAGUAAACUGUAAUAUCAACUACAAGAAGGAAUGUAGCAUAUUUGAUUUGAAAGGCGUUGAGCGCGAUGAUGAGACUAAAGUGUAAAUUA